CUGGACUUGGACACAACCACUUCCAAUCAGUCAGUGUUGGUGGAUCUGUGUGGAAUGACGUUUGCAUGACAGAAGAAAAGAUAAAAAGGAUACAAGGACUGAGGACACAUUGGAAGUAUUUUGGAAAACUGGAAUGGAGACACUUCCUUCACAUCACACGGUCAACAGCCGGAUGUUAGUACUGAUGGAAAUGACAAAGAAGACAACAGGAAAUAAGCAGUGAUGCCGUUGGUCAACAUGGCUGCAGUGCGGCUCCGGAGGGCGGCGGGGGAAGAGGAGAGGGAGCCGCGGCCGCCUCCGCCCCCGUCUCACCACUCCAACCACCAGUUCGCCAGCAUGAAGAACAAGUUCUUCAACGAGCUCACACACCUGCCAAAUCAUAAACUCAAGAUGCCCAUGUGGGCCGUGGGGGCCAUCGUGGUUGUGGUCCUUACCCUCGUCGCCUGCCUUGGAUUCUGCAUCUACAAGAAGUGUUUCAAUAAGGGCAAGAAGCAAAAGAAGGCUCGAGAGAGGAAAGGGGGAGGCGGGCGGGGGCGCAGAAAGAAGGAUAACGAGGGAGAAGAAGGAGACGAGAAAAAGGAUGGAGAGGAAGAGAAGGAAGAGGAAAAGGAGUUUUUCGGCAAACUGGAGUACUCGUUGGAUUAUAACUUUACCGAUAAUCAGUUGAUUGUGGGCAUCCUUCAGGCUCAGGACCUCCCAGCGAUGGACAUUGGUGGAACCUCUGACCCUUACGUUAAAGUGUACAUGCUGCCRGACAAGAAGAAGAAGUUCGAGACCAAAAUUCAACGCAAGAACCUCUGCCCUGUGUUUAACGAGACUUUCACUUUUAAGAUCCCUUACAGUGAGCUGGGUGGUCAGACUCUGGUGCUGCAAGUUUUUGAUUUUGACCGUUUUGGAAAACAUGAUGUCAUCGGCGAAAUCAAGAUCCCAAUGAACAGCAUAGACCUCGGACAACCAAUACAUGAAUGGAAAGAUUUAGUUGGUGGAGAAAAAGAAGAGCAAGAGAAACUGGGUGAUAUCUGCAUUUCCCUUCGCUAUGUCCCCACGGCCGGUAAGCUGACGGUCAACGUGAUGGAAGCAAAGAACCUGAAGAAAAUGGACGUCGGAGGACUGUCAGAUCCGUUUGUCAAGGUGGUUCUGCAACACAAUGGCAAGCGACUCAAGAAAAAGAAGACAUCUGUGAAGCAAAACACUUUAAAUCCUUACUUCAAYGAGAGCUUCAGCUUUGAGAUUCCGUUCUCCCAAAUUCAGAAAAUCCAGGUGCUGAUCACCGUGUACGACUAUGACAAACUGGGCAGCAACGAUCCCAUCGGGAAGUGCUGGAUUGGCUACGGCGCCUCCGGCGUCGGGCUGCGCCACUGGUCAGACAUGCUGGCCAAUCCCAGGCGACCCGUGGCCCAGUGGCACACGCUGCUGCCAGAGGAGGAGGUGGAUGCGGCCCUGAAGGCCCCCAUCCGCUAGCGUGGCCCCUGAAACCUGGGUUACUUACAGUGUUACUUUCCAGGAACUACUGACUUAUUUGUAAUAUUUUACUUUAAAUUAAGUUAUUGUGUGUGUGUGUGUGUGUGUGUGGAUGUGUGUGUGUGUGUGUGU